GGAAGUGGCGCAAGUCCCGGGAUCGCUCCGCUGAGUCCGCCCGCGCGUCGCCGCCGUCGCCGCCGCCCCCCGUCCCGGCCCCCCCCGGGUUCCCUCAGCCCAGCCCGGUCCAGCCCGGUUCCCGGGAGGAUGAAGUUCGUGUAUAAAGAAGAGCAUCCGUUCGAGAAACGCCGCUCUGAGGGCGAGAAGAUCCGAAAGAAAUACCCGGACCGGGUUCCGGUGAUAGUAGAAAAGGCUCCCAAAGCUCGGAUAGGAGACCUGGACAAAAAAAAAUAUCUGGUGCCUUCUGAUCUCACAGUUGGUCAGUUCUACUUCUUGAUCCGGAAGCGAAUUCAUCUCCGAGCUGAGGAUGCCUUGUUUUUCUUUGUCAACAACGUCAUUCCACCCACCAGUGCCACAAUGGGUCAGCUAUACCAGGAACACCACGAAGAAGACUUCUUUCUAUACAUUGCCUACAGUGAUGAAAGCGUCUACGGUCUGUGAAGCUGCUGCCCCUGAUGUUGGGGGGGUCCUGUUUUACAAAGACAGAGGUGGCCCCCAUCCUCGACCUACUCCUUCUUUGGGCUCAUCCCUCACCUCCCUUUGUUGGGACCUGCACUUCCUAAUGUUUGAGGCUCUCCUCCAGCCCUUCUCAGCAGGAGGGCUCAUGGGGGAGGUGGCUUCUUGGACCUCUCCUUUCUCCUCUUCCUCUUCGAAGACCUUUCCCACUCUGCUCUAGACUUCUUGAUUGUCCGUCUCUGUCACAUCCGGUGAUUGUUUUGGUUUCUGUUCCCUAACUGCCCAAGGGGCUCAGAACCCCAACAUUCCCUUCCUCUCAUUACCUUCAUUUUUGGGGGUAGAGGGAAGGGACUGAAAUUGUUGGGGGGAAGGCAGGAGGCACAUCAAUAAAGAGGAAACCACCAACCUGAA